CAGGUUUUGCUGAAAACAACAGCUGGAGAGAUCGAUAUCGAGUUGUGGUCAAAGGAAACUCCAAGAGCUUGCCGAAACUUUAUCCAGCUUUGUCUAGAAGGUUAUUAUGAUAAUACAAUCUUCCACAGAGUUGUACUUGACUUCAUUGUUCAGGGUGGAGAUCCAACAGGCACUGGCACUGGGGGAGAAUCCAUCUAUGGCAAACCAUUCAGGGAUGAAUUCCAUUCACGUCUGCGCUUUAAUCGGAGAGGUCUUGUUGCCAUGGCAAAUGCUGGACCUCAUGACAAUGGCAGCCAAUUUUUCUUUACACUUGGCCGUGCUGAUGAGCUUAAUAACAAACACACCAUAUUUGGGAAGGUUACUGGAGACACAAUAUACAAUCUACUAAGACUGACAGAAGUAGAAAUUGGUGAAGAAGAAAGGCCAGUUAAUCCACACAAGAUAAAGACGAGUGAGGUUUUAUUUAAUCCAUUUGAUGACAUUGUACCACGAGUAACAAAGAAGCUGAAAAAAGAAAAACAGAAGGAAGAGUCUAAGCAGGCAAAGGUGAAAGGAACCAAGAAUUUUAAAUUACUCUCUUUUGGAGAAGAAGCUGAGGAAGAAGAAGAGGUGGUGAGCAGAGUCAGUGAGACCAUGAAGGGAAAAAGUAAAAGUAGCCAUGAUCUCCUAAAAGAUGACCCACGACUAAGUUCUGUUCCAGCAGUUGAAAGGUAA